AUGAGCCUCUUUACAUCGACCGCGCGCGCCAGCCUGCGCGCGAGCGUCCGCCCUCAACCUUCCGCUGCACCGCCCACCUCGCCAUCCGCCGCUCUCUGGCGAACAGGGCCCUCGUUGCAGCUCGCCCCGGCCUUCCCGCACACCGUCCGCCAUGCCUCCUCGGUCCCGUUCUCGCAGACGGCGCGCGACCGGUUGCGCGCCAGGCCGUUCCUGCUCCUCGUCGGCCUCAUGCCCAUCUUCACCUUUGGCCUCGGCUGCUGGCAGGUCAAGCGCCUCCAGUGGAAGCUCGACCUCAUCGACCAGCUCGACCGCAAGCUCCACCAGGACCCGGUCCGCCUCCCUGCGCGCAUCGACACGGCCGCCAUCCCCGAGUUUGCCUGGCGCAAGGUGUUCGUCACGGGCACGCUCGACCACGAGCACUCGAUCGAGUUGGGCCCAAAGACGCGCGACGGCCAGCUCGGGUACCACGUCUUUACGCCGCUCGUGCGAGGCGAGGGCCAGGACACGAUCAUCGUCAACCGCGGGUUCGUCAAGCGCGAGUACAAGGAGGCAGAGAGCCGACCAGCGAGCCUCACCAACGAGCCCGUCGCCCUCGUCGGCAUGCUGCGCGAGCAGGAGCCGCGCAACUCGUUCACGACCGUCAACGAGCCCGAAAAGGGCCAGUGGACCUUCUCCGACAUUGCCGAGAUUGCGCGCUUCACCGGCGCCGAGCCCGUCCUCGUCGACCAGAUCUACGAGGACAACCCGGGCAAGGUCGAGCUCUUUAUCCGCGAGGGCGUGCCCGUCGGUCGUGCGGCCAACAUCGAGCUGCGCAACAUGCACCUCACCUACGCUGGUACCUGGUUCGCCCUCUCGCUCGCGACCGCAUUCAUGUUUUUCCGCCUCAUGCGCAGGCCGACGACCGUCACGGCGGCGCAGUACCGCAGCGCGAGCAAGCAGUUGUAG